GCGCUGCAGGCCCAGCAUGACAAGAAGGGUGUCUCUGUCAUUGCCAUCAAGCGGUUCAUCCUGGCCAAGUACCCCAGCGUGGACCCCAUCCGCCUCAAGUACCUGCUGAAGCAGGCGCUGACCAACCACAACUCCACUGCUGUGGGGGCCACCGGCCGCUUCAAGUUAGCCCCCAAGAAGCUGCAGCACAAGCAGCCGUCAGCCAAGGCGGAUCCCGAUGGAGGACAGGCCCCCAAGCAGGGACAGAAGGAGAGCACCAAGCACCCCUGGGCCCUGGCCAUGGGUGCACAACAGCAAGAUGUUGGCUGCAGCGGCACAUCUGGCUAA